CCCAAGUAAUUCCAUAUGGGGAAAACACAAACCGGCCUGCAAAUUGAUAGGCUCCAUUUGGUAGAUGAAACAGACAGAUCGAGUGUUCAUUGGUCAACAAAUAACUUAUUUGCAUAAGCAACUGUUUAAAUACAAUGGGGAUCGGAAAUAGUGAUACAAAGACGACAGUGUUUGUAAAUGAGCAACUUAUGAUCGCCUAAACGGUGAAUCUAGUCCACGCUUAUUUUUCGCUUUAUUCUUUAGGAAUACUGUUUUCUUAGAUAACAGACAUGAUUUUAUGGAAGAUGAGUGCACAGAUUGUUUGUGUGCUGGUCUUUAUUUGGCUGCGUACAACUCAUUGUACAACUACGAAAUACUACACUUACGAAGAGGACGCUCCCGGCACCGAAAUUGGAAACCUGUCAAAGGAUUUGAAGAUCGAACUGGGACAGAACUCGCAGACAAGUUUCCGCUUCAUGCAGAAGACUAAUUUUUCCCAUGUCCACCUGAGACAGAUCGACGGACUUCUUACGGUCGGGGAAAGUAUUGACCGGGAAGAGCUUUGCCCCCAGUCGCUGGAGUGCUUGAUCACCUUUGAUAUUGUCAUCUUUUCCAAGGACAGGUUCCAGUUGAUUCAUGUAGAGAUCGAAGUGAUGGAUAUAAAUGACAAUUCGCCACGAUUUCCCUCCAACGAAUCUUAUCUGGAGAUUUCAGAAAAUGUGGCCGUGGGUACAAGGUUCCCGCUGGACAUUGCGGUCGACCGGGACGUCGGCAUUAACUACAUUCAAAGCUACCAGAUCUCUUCCAACAGCCACUUCGACGUUGAAGUGCGAGAAGAAGAGGACGGACUAAAGUACGCCGAACUCAUUUUGUUGAAUGGACUGGACAGGGAAGCGGACGAUUUCUAUACAAUCGAACUGACAGCUGUGGAUGGUGGGAAACCACCCAGGACGGGAUCGAUGACUGUUAAUAUAAAAGUGCUGGACUUCAAUGACAACAGUCCGACCUUCGAGCACAGUUCUCUCAAAGUCGAACUUAAUGAGGACGAGCCCCUGGGGUUUCUUCUGCUCAAAGUGCACGCUUCUGACCCUGAUGCCGGCAUUAAUGGUGAAGUCGUAUACGGUUUUGCCGAAGAUACCUCAGACGAGAUACGCCGUGUAUUUCAAAUCGACUCCUUUUCAGGUUCCCUGACUUUAAACGCCGCCGUCGAUUACGAAAACAGGAAGUUAUAUGAGCUAAAUAUCCAGGCUUACGAUUUAGGGUUGAACUCAGUGCCUUCGACUUGCAGAGUCACAGUAGAGAUAAUCGAUGUCAACGACAACGUUCCAGAGAUCAGCAUCAAACCCAUGACUUCUAUGAGCGAAGGAGCGGCCUAUAUCACAGAAGCAGCUGCAGAGGAAAGUUUCGUGGCUCUCAUCAGCACCUCAGACAGAGAUUCAGGUCCCAACGGCUACGUGCGCAUCAGCCUGCAUGGGCAUGAUCACUUCAGACUUCAGCAGGCCUAUGGUGACACCUUCAUGAUAGUAACCACGACGGCUCUGGACAGAGAGAGACUUCCCGAGUACAACCUGACAGUGGUUGCAGAGGACUUUGGUUCUCCUCCUUUCAAAACACUGAAGCAAUACACCAUCAGAGUGAGCGACGAAAACGACAACCCUCCUUUAUUCAGCAAGCUGGUCUAUGAACUUGCAGUCAUGGAAAACAAUGUUCCUGGCUCAUACAUUGCCACGGUUGUGGCCCGUGAUCCAGAUCUAGGCGACAACAGCAAAGUCACUUACAAACUUCUAGACGGGGAAGUGACCGGGGGGGCACUGCUCUCCACGUAUGUUACGGUGGACCCGGUUUCGGGCUCCCUGUACACGGCACGGUCCUUUGAUUACGAAGCUGUAAAACAGAUUGAAGUUAAAAUCGAGGCAAGUGACAGUGGGUUUCCCCAGCUCUCGAGCACUGCCUUGAUUGAAAUCAAAGUGGUAGAUCAAAACGACAACUCCCCGUAUAUCACGUACCCCGUUUUGCAAAACGAUUCUGCGGACAUCCCCAUACCGUUCAAUGCGCCAUCGGGAUACAUCUCGCUUCGGGUUAAGGCCAGAGAUGCAGACGAAGGGUUAAAUGGCGAGCUCUCUUACCGACUUAUAGAAGACGAUCAGAUCCUGUUCUCGAUGCACAGAGACACCGGAGAAAUUGCAUUGAAAUAUGGUUUGUCUUUUCUUUGCGGGGACGUGUUGGAGAUCAAGAUCGCGGUCAGCGACAACGGAAGGUCCCCCAGGUCAUGCAACGCCACGAUCCGCUUCGUGGUCGCCGAAAUGCAGCUCGCCGACAAGCAAAGUGUGCUUGUUCUGGAGUCUAGCCAAGACGCGUGGUAUAACUUGGACGUCUCGCAGGUUGUGAUUAUUAUGCUUGGCGGAGGUUGCGUCUUGUUGAUUAUAGCAAUCGCGACAGUCGCCCUCUCUUGCAAGCGCAACCCAAGAGACAGGGACAGUGAUGUCAAGAGAAUGACACAAGGACACUUUGAAAAGCACCUGCUUCCGACACACAGCGAUGAGGAUCCUGACAUUUAUCAAGGUCCUAAAGCGCUUGUCAGUGGCCAAAAUGCUUCUGUACAGCGUGACUCCAUCCACUUUUAUCGGGAGACCGGGAAAGACCCUUCUAAGGGUUUCCCUGCGAUCAGCACGCAGCAUUUUGAACCAGUGUCUUUGUGGCAGGGGGAUAAGGACAACCUGCAGAUUAGUGGUGCUGACCAAAUGAGUGUAAAGGACAGCGGCAAAGGAGACAGUGACUUCAAUGACAGCGAUUCUGACAUCAGUGGUUAUGGAUGCAAGAGAACUCCCAGCAUUAUCAUCAAUACACGGGUUAUUCCUAAGAAUACCCAGCCCGGGUCCUCCCAGUCUCCUGACCUGUGGUUAUUGGGUUAUUCCAAAGAAUACUCGUUCCAGUCCCCCUAUGGUGUUCCUGCCCAGUCCCCCUAUGGUGUUCCUGCCCAGUCCCCCUAUGGUGUUCCUGUGCACUCCCCCUAUGGUGUUCCUGUGCACUCCCCCUAUGGUGUUCCUGCCCAGUCCCCCUAUGGUGUUCCUGUGCACUCCCCCUAUGGUGUUCCUGCCCAUCCCCCUACGGUGUUCCUGCCCAGUCCCCCUACGGUGUUCCUGCCCACUCCCCCUACGGUGUUCCUGCACACUCCCCCUAUGGUGUUCCUUCCCAGUCCCCCUAUGGUGUUCCUGCCCACUCCCCCUACGGUGUUCCUGCGCACUCCCACUAUGGUGUUCCUGCGCACUCCCCCUAUGGUGUUCCUGCGCACUCCCUCUAUGGUGUUCCUGCACACUCCCCCUGUGGUGUUCCUGCGCACUCCCCCUAUGGUGUUCCUGCGCACUCCCUCUAUGGUGUUCCUGCACACUCCCCCUGUGGUGUUCCUGCGCACUCCCCCUAUGGUGUUCCUGCGCACUCCCUCUAUGGUGUUCCUGCGCACUCCCUCUAUGGUUGGGCAGAAUGAACUGGUGAUUAAAGGCCAGAUUGGCAAGCACCAUGAAGUUUUGGGUCCAAUCAGUAGAUUUAAGUUUAAUAUGGCAGGCACCACCUUCAAGGUGAAGUUAAGGGGAAAAGAAGCUUAG